AUGGAGGAAUCCACUUGCCCUAACACCGGCGCCUAUGAAUCUGCCCCUCCUCUCCUACCUAAUGAAGUGCAGCUCUGCAUUCAUAACUUCAGGGAUAAAUACAUAGGCCAGUUAUCAGAGCCAGUAGAUGCUAUACACUCUGACUGGAAACACCUGGAUAACUUUACCUUUAGGCUUAUGGUUUUCCCUGCCUCAUCAGAUCCGCAUAAUGGCCAAACGGAAAAUUCGAUAGGCACAUUCAUAGAGGUACAACCGAGGCCUGAUUGGCCGGAAAAUUGGGCCUUUUACCGCGUACAAUACAACGUAAUAAUCCUAAAUCAUAUGGAUCUACGCAAAUCCAUCUACAAACAUGAUGUAUUCACAUUUACCAGACACGAAACAGAUAGGGGAUGGCACAGUAUAGCCUCACACCAACAAUUGGAGGGAGGGUUUUUGACCCGGGAGGGGGACCUGAUUCUGCGUGCUGGUGUCUAUAUACAGGGCACAGAGUGUGAUUUGGACGCUAAAAAUCAUGAUUUUGACAGCAGAGCUGUAACGGGCUUUGUUGGAUUGCUAAAUCAUGGCGCCACCUGUUACAUGAACGCCCUUAUCCAAGGGCUCUACCACAUUGGCAAGUUUCGCAGCUGGGUGUUUUCGCUGAAUUUUGGCAGCAAGGAGCUGUCCAGCCCGCACUCUAGGCGUAUAAUUUCUGGGCUACUGGACCCUGAGGGCAGAGAUGCCGAUAUGUGCCCAGAUCGGGAGGCUGAUGCGUUAGAUGAUCAAGAUGUGAGGAAGCUGCUACUGGAAGAGGAGGCAGAGCUUUCUAGAACCCCGUUAGCAUCUCUCGCACUUCAGAACCUUUUUUAUAAGCUUUACUUUUCUCGUGAGGCCCCUGGGUGCCGCGAGUUGAUAAAAUCAUUUGGUUGGGACGCGAUGGAUGCCUUUACACAACACGAUUCACAUGAGCUGUUGAAAUUGCUUCUUAGCAAGGUGGAAGAGCAGAUGAAGGGCACUCCUGCUGAGGGUUCACUGAAGGAGUUGUUUGGGGGUGAGAUGGAGACCUAUAUUGAGUGCAUAGAUAUAGACUACAAAUCUGUGAGAAAGGAAUCAUUUGAAGAUAUACAGCUGGACGUUCAGGGCUGUGAGAAUAUUUACGAAUCAUUGCAUCGGGCAACUGAACCAGAGGUAUUGGAGGGCGAUAACAUGUACGAGGCGGAAGGGCAUGGCAAGCAGCGUGCCCGCAAGGGUAUUCGUUUUUUGAAGUUUCCCAAUGUAUGUAUAUUUUUGCUGAAGAGAUUUACAUUUAACAUGCAAUUUAUGGAUACGGUUAAGCUUAACACUAAAUUUGAGUUUUAUAGAGAGAUUGACUUGACGCCUUUUCGUGCGAAUCAAUCGUCAGAUGGUGCAAAAGAGGAAUACGUACUACAGGCAGUAUCUGUGCAUCAGGGCGGGAUGAACAGUGGGCACUAUUAUACAUUUUGUCGUACUGAUAUUAAUGGGAAGGAGGGGUGGUUAAAAUUUGAUGAUGACAAAGUGUAUAGGGUAAGUGAAUACUCGGCAAUUGGAGAUAAUUUCGGUGGUCCAGUGGCAGAAUGUCGCAAUUAUUUAUCUGGCGGUGGUUUAUAUGGAUUUGGGUAUCCUGCCCAGAAUUCAGCGAGGCAAAAACCUUACAGUGCAUAUAUACUAGUCUAUGUGAAGAAGAGUAGGGUGAAUGAGAUACUUUGCGAUAGCGACCCUAGGACGGUGAAUCCAGAAGUUGUGGCAAGAUGUCAAAUGCAGGAACGGAUUGCAACAAUAAGACAGAAUAUCAGGCAGCGCCUGAGUAAAUUUGUGAAAGUGCGUGUAUUUUUCAAGUCUGAUUUUAUCAACUAUCGUUUCCUAGACCAGCCCUUCAGUGACUGGAGAGAGCCCGGACUGGUGAUGAAAUUUGAGCGGGAUAAGACUCUUGGAGAAGUGUUGUUAAAACUAUCCAAGGUUAUAGCUGGAUAUGAAUCUGAUUCUAAGGUAGAACUAUCGAAACUAGACUACGACGUCAGUAACUUUCACAUCCUGGGGUUGAGUGCUGAUAUCAACAGAUUCGAGCACUUGGCCCAAUUCGAUCCGGACAAUCUUAGAAAAAAGGAUGAUUAUACUCCAGUAUUCAGUGGCGUUAUAGAGGAGCCAAUCCAGGAGCUAAUCCGACGUAUUAACCCGAAUCUGUUAGAUCCAUACGAUCCAACAAUUUAUCUGCUACACUUUCCCUUCCGUGAGGAUUCAUUCAAACUCUAUCACGGGCCAGGGGAGUUAAAUGGGCCCAGUUCUAAUGUUGCUAUGCUCAUCAUAAAGUACUUUGAUAUUUUCGCCAAAAAUCCAGGCCAAGAUGAUCUCAUCUGUCUGGACCUCGCCUACGUUAAUGCUGAUAAUCGGCUUCUGCGAUUAGAACUUCCACUAAUAGAAAAACUAGUGGAACUGAUGAGCCUGGAAAUAAUUAUACCAUAUCGCAUGCAAGAGCUGGCAGCGCUGGCAAAAAAUUACCGCACUGCGCUUGAAGCGCGUACAGAAUCCUCGGAAGAGCGCCUCUACCAAGAGCUCCAUGAAACGCUCGAAAAUUCAGGCCUAUCUCUCUGUUGCUAUGUUGAGACCAACGGGAAGUGUGAAUUCGUCUCCCUCAAAAAAACCCUACUUCAACACAAAAUCUUCACGGGAGACCUAUUGGUAUUCAACUUUAUGCCUACCGAUGAGAUGAUGACCGAACGAGGGGGUACGGCCUGCCACAGCAAGGAAGACUUUGAGGUUACUGGGGAGGAAUCAACUUCUUCAUCCGUGGACGAGGUCUUUGCGGCCGAGUACGAUGCCCUGCUCUUUUCUGAACAACUGUCAGAACUUCCAGCGGGUAGAGGCGGAUCUGUGCCUCCAUUGGCUCCCCCCUUGCCUGUUUUCCCUGUGUUUGACUUUCCCGGCCUAUUGGAUUUUUUAGAGAACCGCGUGACGAUUGUUUUCAGGCUCUAUGAUCCGCUGCAGACGCUAUGUCUGCCAGUAGACUGCUCUGGAAGGCUUCUGGUUGAUGCGCAUGGUAUCAAUAUGGAGGACAUAUCGGUACCGGGGGGGUUUUCUUCAUAUUCAAGCUUCGAGAGCGAUAUCUCGGACGAGGAUACAAACGUGGCUUCUGGCGGAGUGCUUAGGUUGUUGCCAAUAAUAACCCGUCGAUUUGAGCUUGACCUUCGUUGUCCGGUUAAAAAGGUCCUAAAGUUUGUUUGCUGGAAUCUGAAAGCUGAUCCAUCGCGGACGCUUUUGUACCCAGGGCCCCCUCUCCUAUGCUCUGCUGCAUGCGAGGUCUUUUCUGUGGACCAUUUUGUCCGUCGUGACUCAUCACUGGGCUAUGAACAAGUUACGCUGCGCGAGUUGAUAGAGACCCUACGUUCUUACCGGGGGGCAUCCCGUUCCAAAUCGCCAUAUGCCACGUUGCACCUGUGUCUGCUUCCCUGGCACUACCUGCGCGCGUUGAUAUCUGUGCCAUUUGGGAAGUUUCCCCAUGAGGACAAUGGCGACCGAACAGUUACGGCACAGGUUCUAAACGAAAGGGUACAGGUUAUCCGUUCGAUCAUUGCUAAUGUCAAUGUUAACAAGUGCAGGACUGUGGGCCAAUUGCUUGAGAAAAUGGUUGGCAGUCAGGAGCUUUGGGCAUUGGUGAGGGAGGAAGGUUACAUGGUUGAGCAUUACGACAAUGACACGCCGUUAUCAUCGUUGCCGCAGUUAUCUGCGGGUGUUAAGAAUAUUUUUGCAAAGCCGUUGCGCAUAGAGCCAGCGUUUUCCGAGCAGGAAAAGGCGCUGAUUAACAGCAGGAAAUUACAUCGCUUAUGCGUGGCCCAUCAGACCCAGGAGCGUGAGACCUUUGGGUUUGCCUUUAUGGUGUUGGUUGAAGCGGGGGACAACAUCGCUACCAUAAAGGCUAAGAUUAGGGAGAAGGUAUGUGUAUCCCAGGGGGAGUGGGUCAGAUGGUCCUUCACGCAAUUUGACGGAGCCGCUCGCACUUGGAAGUCGAAUGACGACUUUCUGGACUUGGAAAAUACCCGCGUGUGCUUCUUGGCCGAGCAUCAGAUGCCCUACCGUAGGGUGCGCAGCCAGGCUAUCAUGAGGCUUGUAUAG